AUGUCGCAAAUGGCUCUUUCGCCUUGCCUGAAGUGCCUCCCCUGUACUCCCCAUCACAACCCAGCCCGCUCCUUCAUUUUCCAUCAGGCCUCAAAGCCCGAAAGAGUAAAUUCAUCAAAUUUCCCACGUAUUUGCUCAAGAAAUCCACGGGCACUCUCAGCUGCCGUCUCCUCAGGCACUUCAAAGUUCUCAUUUGAAUAUUUGCUUCUGGAAACCCUCCGUCGUGAAGAGGACGGCCCCUCGGCACUGGAACUCUUCAAGUGGGCCUCACGGCAGCCCGAUUUCAAGCCCACUCUCCCUAUAUACCAAGAAAUCAUCCAGAAGCUCGGGAAUGCGGGAUCGUUCAACGACAUACAGUGGGUUCUGGACGAUAUGAAGCGUUUGGGUGUUGAGCUCGAUGAAGGUACUUUAUUUAUCGUGAUUGAUAGUUGUGCGAAAUUCGAGAUGUACGACAUGGCAGUGGAUGUUCUCGAUUUGAUGCGGGAUGAGUUCCGGGUGGAGCCCACGACCCACACGUAUAACUUCCUGCUGAAUCUUCUCGUUGAUGGGAACAAGCUGAUACUCGUCGAGAAUGUGCACUCCAAAAUGCUGAGAGAAGGCGUGGUGCCCGACGGCUCGACUUUCAAUAUAUUGAUAAAGGCGUUGUGCAAGGACAACAGGAUAAGGCCUGCAAUCCUGUUGAUGGAGGAGAUGCCCAAAUACGGACUGAGCCCGGAUGAGCAAACCUUCACGACCAUAAUGCAGGGUUAUAUCCAAGAAGGUACCUUUGAUGGAGCUUUGAGGGUUUGGGAGCAGAUGGCCGCGGCCAAGUGCCCUUGGACUAAUGUGACGGUAAAUGUGUUGAUAAGUGGAUUCUGCAAAGAGGGCCGGGUCGAGGAGGCUCUGGUUUUCGUGCAAGAAAUGAUGAAAGAGGGUUUCUGUCCUGAUCAGCUCAGGUUCAAUACUUUAAUUAGCGGUCUUUGUAGAAUUGGGCACUUGGAUCAUGGGUUGGAGAUGCUCGACUUGAUGCUGCAGAAGGGCUUUGAUCCAGAUGUGUUCACGUACAACACUGUUGUGGCCGGCCUUUGUAAAUCAAGCCGAGUCAAGGAAGGCAUGGAGGUGCUCGAUCAGAUGCUUUCACGAGGCUGUGAACCAGAUACUGUCACGUACAAUUCCAUAAUCAGCACUUUGUGCAUGGAGAAUCGCGUCCAGGAAGCCACCGAGCUCGCUCGAUCCCUUACGGGCCGCGGUAUAAUUCCCGACGUGGCCACUUUCAAAUCCCUUAUACAUGGCCUGUGCUUGAGCAGCAAGUUCAGCAUGUCCAUGGAGUUAUUCCUAGAAUUGAAGACCAAAGGGUGCAAGCCCGACGUGUCCACUUACAACAUACUAAUCGACCUCUGCACCGAAGGCAAGCUCGAAGAAGCUUUAGAGCUCUUUAAAGACAUGGAGUCGAGUGGGUGUUCAAGAGAUGUGGUCACUUACAACAUUUUGAUAAAGGGCUUUUGCAAAAUCAGAAAAAUUGAAGAGGCUGAGAAAAUAUUUGACCAGAUUGAGCUGCAAGGCCUGUCUAGAGAUCAGAUCACAUACAGCAUCCUUAUUGAUGGUCUCUGUAAAUCAAAGAGGGUCCAAGAUGCAGCUCGGCUUAUGGACCAGAUGGUAAUGGAGGGACUGAAGCCCGAUAAGUUCACUUUUAACUCCAUCCUUACUUAUUUCUGCAAAGCUGGCGAUUUGAAAAAAGCGGCCGAUAUUGUCCAAAUGAUGACAUCAUCCGGGUGUUCAGGAGAUGUGGUCACUUACAACACCUUGAUGAAGGGCUUUUGCAAAAUCAAUAAAAUUGCAGAGGCCGAGAAAAUAUUUGACCAGAUUGAGCUGCAAGGCCUGUCUAGAGAUCAGAUCACAUACAGCAUCCUUAUUGAUGGUCUCUGUAAAUCAAAGAGGGUCCAAGAUGCAGCUCGGCUUAUGGACCAGAUGGUAAGGGAGGGACUGAAGCCCGAUAAGUUCACCUUUAACUCCAUCCUUACUUCUUUCUGCAAAGCUGGCGAUAUUAAAAAAGCGGCCGAUAUUGUCCAAAUGAUGACCUCAUCCGGGUGUGAACCGGAUGUCGUUACGUACUCUACUUUGAUCCAGGGACUGUGUAAAACAGGAAGAACAGAGUUUGCCGUACGACUCUUUAGGAGUUUACAGAUGAAAGGAAUGGAUUUGAACAGCUACACUUAUAACCAUGUGAUACUAGCGCUUUUUAUAGGGGGGAAAGUUAAAGAGGCAGUACGGCUUUUUAGGGAGAUGGAGGGAAAAGGAAUCUCUCCGAGUGCUUAUUCGUAUAAGAUUGUGUUUCGGGGGCUUUGUUCUGGUGGUGAUCCGAUAGGCGAGGCUGUAGAUUUCGCACUUGAGAUGAUGGAGAAAGGGCAUCUUCCGGAAUAUUCCUCGUUCAGUAUGCUGGCUGAUGGUCUCUGUGCUUUGAAAAUGGGGAAGACUUUAGUGAAGCUUGUGGAUAAGAUUAUGGUGAAGGCAGAGUUUUCGGAUAGGGAGGUGGCUAUGGUUAUGGGUUUUCUUAGUAUUGGUAACUUCACCAACGGGUUGACUGCUUUUGGCCGGAUUUUGGAUAGCCGGAGCCCUAGAAAAGGUUAA